UUAAAUCAAUUUAGUCGACAACGAAACCAGGGCCCGUCCAAAAAGGGCUACAAGCCUGCUUUAUAUGGUAAGUGCCCAGCGCUGCGCAAAGAGAUAAGAUAAGAACGGAUAUGCGCUCUGCCGCACAGGAGGAACAUCGAUCAUGCCGCCCCCGCUCGAGUCAGGUUUUGCGCUCUCCGCGUCCUUCCAGCUUUGUCUCCCCUCCACGCACGACUAGCACCCGGUACCCAUGCCUGCCGAGUUGUCUCCCGCAGACGCACUCGGCCUGCGCACCGCGCUCGAGAAUGCGCGCAAGAGCUAUAGCGAGGGCGGCGUUCCUAUCGGCGCGGCCAUCGUGUACCGUGACGGAGAGGGCGGGGAGCAGCCGCGCGUGAUCGGCCAGGGACAUAAUCAGCGAAUCCAGGAGGCGUCGCCGAUCUUGCAUGGCGAGACGGCCGCGUUGAAGGAUGCGGGAAGGCUGAAGGCGGAGGUGUAUAGGAAAUCUACGAUGUAUACCACCUUGAGCCCGUGCAGCAUGUGCUCCGGCGCCAUCCUGCUCUAUAAGAUCCCACGGCUUGUGAUCGGGGAAAAUGUCAACUUCAUGGGAGACGAGGACCUCCUUCGGAGCCGCGGCGUGGAUGUAAUUGUCAUGGAUGAUGCGGAGUGCAAGGAGCUCAUGCGGCGGUUCAUCUCGGAGAAGCCAGAGGAAUGGUACGAGGACAUCGGCGAGAUUCCGCCGUCGAGACAGCAAUAAAAUGCGAUAUUUAGAUGAUAUCGGGACGAAAGGUGGAGAUUAUAGAAAUAGCUGAAACGGUGACAGCCAGAUAAAAUGGUAGUGCAGCCAAGAGAUAGAUACUCAGAUGUUUAUAAUUUAGUCUUAAUCCCGCGAGCCUCGCACGUAGUGUUCUUUCUGGAU